CUCCUCCUAUAUACACUAGUCGCAAAAGAAAGAGGAACACAUACUACAAGAGUCCGUCCAGGGAAGACAAGGCUUUGCGUGGGCUGAUGCUUGGUAAUAUGGCCCAGUCGGCCCAUGGUUAAUUAUCAUCAUCCACAUAAGACGAGAAGAAAGGCGUGGCUCGUUCCAUCCCCCAAUCUCGCCGCCGCCGCCGCGCCUGCUUCGAUUCGUCGAGUCCCGUUGCAGUUGGUCCGGAUCCGGAGCCGGAGGAAAGAAGAAGAUGAAGGCACGGCAGUUGGUGAACGUGGUGAUGCGGAGGUACGGCAUGGGCAUGGGCAUGGGCAGCAGCCACUAUUCGUUGAGCCGCAUCAAGCCCGAGGAGCAGCUCUUCUUCCCAUCAACCAAGGAGGCGCAAGCAUCCAGCACGGGGGAGAUGGAGACCAUCUCCAGGAUGCCCGCGCCCAGCCUGAGCCUCGUACGCUCGGCGGUCCUGGUGGAGAGGCUGGAUUUCCUCCCUUUCUACGAGCGCAAGAUCCUCUGCGUCGACGCCCAGGGCCGCACCGUCCUAUACGACGCCGACGCCGACGCCGGCCUCCUCCAUCCGCUGCCCUCCCUCAGGGGUCCCAAGGGGCCCAACCCCAUCUCAUUCUCCAUCCUCGACAGGAAGCCUCUGGACCCGCGGCGGGCCGACGUCCUGUACGUCAUGGACAGGUGCCCUCGGCGCUACGACUACUACAGCUUCGAGGCCCUCAUGUACAGCGACCCCUCCAACGGCAGGAAAGGCUGGCGGUGGCACCGGCUCCCGCCUCCGCCCGCCUCCGCCAACGGCUGCCACGCGCUCAUCGACAAGGACGGCGGCGGCGGCGACCCCAUCCUCGUCGUCUCGUCCGCCGACGGCACCCACUGCUUUCACACCUUCACCAACACCUGGUUCGAGGCUGGAGGCGGGAGGCUGCCGUUCGCCGGCCGUGCCCACCGUGUUCCUGAGCUCGACAACCUCUGGUUUGGCAUCGCCAGCGACUGGCCCUACGACCUUUGCGCCAUGGACCUCUACCCCCUCUGCGGCCUACGCCCCGAGGCUCCGCGCCUGGCCUACAGCUGGGGAGACCUUAGCCUGCCGGACGACUGGGAGAUGAUGGACUGCAGCAUGGUGUACCUGGGCGGCGGCAGGUUCUGCGUCGCCAAAAUCUUUGAAUUCUGCCUCGGCGAUGACCGCAAGGGGAUGGGUGUCAUCUCUGGCUUGGAGGUGGUGCGCCAAGGCGAGCCAUCCAAACUCGUCAUGGUCAAGCACAAGUCCAAGUUGUACAAGUUUACCAGGGGUGAGAUCCAGUGUAUCCUCUAGAACAAAUGGAUUAACAAUGCUACUCCCUCCGUCCCAAAAUAGAUGACUCAACUUUGUAUUAAGUAAGCGGCAGGGGAGCAAACAGUGUCUAGAGGAAUGCUAUCUGCUAUGUGAUGUGAGGGAGUAUGAUGUCUAAAGUUAGUACAAAGUUGAGUCAUCUAUUUUGAAACGGAGGGAGUAUGAUGUAGGGCCUAUAUUAUUACAACUAGUUCACUUGAACAACUUGUACAGAGUAACAGCAGCUGAUCCGAUGAGCUGGAAUUCCCGCUUCAAUUGGACUGGAAACAAAGUCAUCUGAGAUCUACCCAUCUAUUUACACGAUUCGAAUCCCGCACAACCCAACUCACCCACCCAAUCCAUCUAAACAAAAAGCUCGAAAAGAAAAAAGAAAAAAACACUCCUCUGGGUCAUCACCCUCACGCGGUGCCCAAACAUCCAUAUCGAGCUCCUCACGCCUUCACACUCAGCGC